GAGUUUAGCAGGUAGAGAUCAGGUUAAGGGGAGGAGUUUUAACAGACCAAGAGGAAACAGGAGGAGGAGAAGAGAUAUCUGAAGAAAGCGUGUGAUGCUGGAAUGGUAUUACAUUAUCGGGCACCGCUAUUGCCUCGGCAGAAAUCUUUUAUCCCGCCACAAAUUCCAAAUCCAUUUGUCCAUGAAAUCAAUCUGACAUUCACUGAUAAGAUACGGAUGCUAUUAUGUGGUCUUUUCAUUCUACCAUUAAGGAUAAUAUUUUUUCUGACGAUUUUAAUAAUGUCAUGGUUCGUUGCAUCCUGCACUACCUGCUGUAUUUCGAAGUUGAGCUUGGAGCCACUAAAGGGAUGGAGAAGAAAUGUAUCAAAGUAUGUUUUAAGUUGCCUUGGACGUCUCCUUUUUUUCUCAAUGGGAUUUCAUGUUCGCAUCUUUGGAAAGCCUGCAAGCUUCUCUGAAUCUCCAAUCUUUGUAGUUGCUCCACACUCUUCAUUCUUUGAUGGGAUUGCAGUGAUUGCAUCAGGGAUGCCCUCGACUGUUUCCAGAGCAGAAAACACUGCUGUUCCCAUAUUUGGCAGUAUUCUCCAUUCCCUUCAGCCUAUAAUGGUGUCACGAACAGAUCCUGAUUCUAGAAAAAACACAAUCAAUGAAAUAACAAAACGUGCAACAUCGCAAGGAGAGUGGCCACAGGUUUUGAUUUUUCCAGAAGGUACCUGUACAAAUCGCUCCUGUUUAAUAUCAUUUAAACCAGGUGCUUUUUAUCCUGCUGUCCCUGUUCAACCCAUUAUCCUUCGAUACCCAAACAUUCUGGACACAGUCACAUGGACUUGGCAAGGAUAUACAGUUGCAAAACUUUUGCUUAUGACUGUAUGUCAGUUCUGCACCAACGUGGAAGUGGAGUUCCUUCCUGUGUAUGUUCCUUCAGAAGAAGAGAAGAAAGAUUAUUUUCUCUAUGCAAGCAAUGUUCGCAAUGUCAUGGCAAAGGCUUUAGGACUGCCAUUAACUGAUCAUACCUAUGAAGACUGCAGGCUAAUGCUAACUGCCAGAGAUUUGACACUACCCAUGGAGGCUGGCCUUGUGGAGUUCACAAAAAUCAGCAGAAAGUUAAGCAUAAAAUGGCAUGACAUUCAGAAACAACUGGCGAUUUUUGCUUCUAUUGCUGAUCUAUCAAAAGGAGGAAGAAUUGGAAUUGAAGAAUUUGCUAGCCACUUAAAGUUACCAGUAACUGAUGUAUUAAGAGAGUUGUUUGCAUUGUUUGACAGGAACAAAGAUGGUUCCAUAGAUUUCAGGGAAUAUAUCAUUGGGAUCGCCAUCCUUUGCAACCCUGCAAAUUCUGAAGAGACUAUUCAAAUGGCAUUUAAGCUGUUUGAUAUAGACCAAGAUGGAAGCAUAACAGAGGACGAGUUCAGCUCUUUACUGCGAUGCUCUUUGGGAGUACCAGACCUUGAAGUAUCUAAACUUUUUCAUGAUAUGGAUGCUGACAAUUCAGGAAAGAUUACCUAUGAGGAAUUCAAAAACUUUUUCCUGAAGCAUCCAGAAUAUGCCAAGCUGUUUACAACAUACCUGGAGCAUCAGAAAUUUUUCAUGCAUAAGUUACAGCAAAUGGAAAAUGAAGAGAACCUGUUGAUGCCUCAUAUUACAGAAAAUCAGAAUCAUAUAUUAAAUAUGAAAGAUGAAGCUCUAAAUACAACAGACAAGAAAGAAGACUGAAAAAUGAGCCCUCAUUAGAAAAUACACUGGUUUAUUUUUUGAAUAUUCAUUUUUCUUUAUUUUAUUACAAUGUACUUAUUGCAAAAAAAAAAAAACUCUCAAAAACUACUGCUUUAUAUGUUUCAGAUCAAAUCAAUAAACUCUGCUUUUUACUUGUGUAACUUGACUAAGAAAAAUAAACUAUCUUUUGUAUUUGUGUAAAA